UUCCUGUCAAGUGACAGCUCAGCUGCUUCCUUGUAAUUUUUUUGUUUGUUUGUUUUUUUUCUGAGGAAUGUAUAUGUUAUCGACACUGUCUGUUUUUUCCGUAAUACAGUCUGCUCCUUGAUAACACUCCUCGACGGAAACGGUGCAUCUGUUCGGGAUCAUGUCCUCUUCACAGCACUUCCGGUUGCUUCAUGAAGCUUGAUGAUACGAUUCUUUAAGAUCUGAAGACCAGGAAGAUCACACUGUACCUGGACCAAUCGCAGGAAUCUUAAAGCUCGUGUAAGACUGAAUUCUCCUCUACAGAGAAAAUGUCGAUAAUGGACCACAGCCCCACCACUGGCGUUGUGACCAUCAUAGUGACCCUGAUCGCCAUCGCCGCUCUGGGAGCGCUGAUCUUCGGCUGCUGGUGCUACCUGCGGCUGCAGCGCUACACUCAGUCCGAGGAUGAGGAGAGCAUCGUUGGUGAGGGCGAAACCAAAGAGCCUUUCCUCCUGGUCCAGUACUCGGCCCGUGUUCCUCGGCCAGAUCAUAAGAGCAAACUUGCUCCUACAGGCACCGAGAGUCACAGCUAAUCAUUCUCUUCAGAAAAACCUGCUGCUUGUGGGAAUGGGGUUGAUUCACGGAGGGAUCAAAUUUCUUUGUUCUUUUUAUACAUUACAGAACGUAUAGCACUUCUGUUACCAUCCUGUUGUAAUGAGAACUGGGUUCAGAUCAAAAGCAGAACAAAGCUAACGCAUGUAUUUGUCCAGCUGCUUGUAAAAGUCUCCUUGAAUGUUCUUUGUACUUUGUGGUAGUCCAGUGGAACCCUGUUAUAAUGUGAAACUGGUACAUUUCUGUUUUUUAUUUCUUUUUAAUAUACAUUUAUUUAUCUGCUGGAUUAUGUUCUUGGCUACAGAAACCUUUUAUUUGUGCUGUUUUAGAAGAACUCUAGUUUCAGCCAGAGCUGGCUCUGGUGUAAAGCCGCUAUGUGCACAUGCUCGAUAGAGAAUUAUUGUGUAUUAGUUCAACAAUCCAUUUAAUGUGUCAAUUAAAUCCGUCGUGUGUUGUCGUAGUAUGUGAAUUUAAGAGCUUUCAAAUGCACACACAGUCUCGGAUGUGCCGUCGGAAAGCUGUGUGUGUUCAUAGUGAAGGGUUAAUACUCUCUGCUGUCUCAUUUUUUAGCACGGAAAUUAGAUUCGUGUUUAAUUUCUACACAUGGCGGUAGAUGCUGAUGGAGCUCUGAUCUGCUAAGAAGCCAUCCUGAACGGACGCCAGUGACCGGGUGUCAGUGUGUGGAGAUACACCAGGAAGACCCCCAGAGGUGAUCGUUGCAGUGGCUGAGCACAUUGCUCCAUAUGGAUUUAGAUGAGGUCUCUUAAAGGAUAUCUAAAUAUUUUUUAUAAGUCUUUCACUAUUUUGUCAUGCUGAAAUUGACAUGCGUAUCUUUGUGAGAAGUCGUGAAUUUACUGUAUGAGUGAAUAAAGU